AUGGCUCAAAAUCUCAUCCGCGGCGAAGCCACGAUCUCACGCUUGGACGUCGAGAACCCUUCGCCGAAUGGCACUCUCCAAAAUCACAGCCCAGGCACAACCAUUGCUCCAUUCACCGUUGGUCUUAAUGGAGUUCAUGUCAGCACAGACUUUCUCCUGUCGCACGUCUUGCUCGGAGCCUUAGCCACUGUUGGCCUUGGUGUUAUCCUCAUUCGUCUGGUACAACUUGGCCAUGCACACUUGCGCAAACUGCUGAGCAUCAAUGCCAGCGAGAAGGAGCAGAUCUAUUUUUCUCGCAACCACGUCGACUUGUGGCCAAAGAUAAAGAAACAGAUCAUCUACGCCCCAAUCUGGAGGAAGCGACACAACCGGGAGAUCAAGCUUUCCUCGGCGGUCAGUCUCGGCACCCUGCCCACAAGGCUGCAAAGUCUGCUUCUGGGCCUGUACGUGCUGGGCAAUGUUGUUUUCUGUGUAGCUCUCGACUACAGAGCCGAAAACAUGUAUGCCAUCCUUGCUGAACUCCGAGGACGGACCGGAGCUCUUGCGGCUGCAAACCUGGUGCCGCUUGUUCUCUUCGCGGGACGAAACAACCCCUUGAUAGUAUGGCUUCAGGUCAGCUUUGACACAUAUAUUCUCCUGCACCGAUGGACGGGGAGGCUGGUGGUUCUUGAGACCAUCAUCCACACAGCGGCUUGGGCGGUUGUUCAAGCUGCCAGCAAGAGGUGGGAUGGCGUGCUUGUUGAUCUGGGAGAUCCCUACAUGACUUGGGGGUCAGUCGCCGCCGUUGCCGCCGUUUGUCUCAUUUUGAUAAGCCCUGGACCUGUUAGGCACGCGUUCUACGAGACAUUCCUCAACAUCCACAUCAUACUCGCGGUUUUAUUCAUUCUGGGAACAUACCUUCACUGCAGUAUUCCUCACUUACCUGCGCUACCCUACGUCGUGACCGCCGGCGUUUUGUGGGCAGGAGAGCGCUUCCUUCGCAUUCUCUGGACCGCGAAGCGGAAUGUGUCCCGGGGAGGCUCGACCACAGCUGACAUCUCAGUGCUACCGGAUGGCGCGUGCCGAGUAACUCUUCACCUGCCGCACCACUUGCGCAUCGAUCCGGGAAUGCAUGCCUAUUUGCGCUUUCCCAAUUUGAGACCAUGGGAGUCGCAUCCUUUUUCAAUUGCCUGGCAUGAAGAGCAUACAAAAACAGACUCCGGUGCGUUGCGGCAUGUUGACUCUGCCGGUAGUAGGCUGGAGAAAACUACUCGACGCGUGCCAGCCCGCACCUCCGUCUCGUUUGUCAUCCAGGCCAGGACUGGUUUCACCCUGCAACUCUGGAAGUAUGCCCAAGAAAAUGCAUCUGUAGCAACGCUCUCAUGCCGCACCCACGCGUUUCUGGAGGGUCCAUACGGCGGACACCACAGUCUCGACUCAUACGGUCACGUUGUGCUUGUCGCUGGCGCGAGUGGUAUUACCCAUCAACUCUCCUAUAUUCGACACUUACUCGAUGGCCGUCAGAAAGGCAUUGUUGCGACCCGACGAGUUGUACUUGUGUGGGCGAUACGAAAAAUCUCCCAUCUGCAAUGGGCUGAGCCGUGGUUGAGCGGCUUGGUUGCAAUGUCCAGGGAAGCCGGCAUGUUCGAGGCCAGAGUGUAUGUUACCAGUCGAGAGGGCGUCUGGGCUCCCGAUGGAGCAGACAGCGAUAUCGAAAUAUUCUCGGGGAGGCCAAAUAUGGAACUAAUUAUUCGUGAACAAGUCAACUGUCAAGUUGGAUCCAUGUGCGUCACUGUAUGUGGCCCCGGAGGACUUGCUGAUGAUGUGAGACAAGCGACACGAGACGUUCAAACUUACGGCUCUGUUGACUUUAUCGAAGAGGCCUUCACGUGGUAG